AGAAGAUGAUGAAAAGGUUUGAGAUCUCCACUCCACCAACUUGCUCACUCGCGAACAAAAUACUAAUCAUCUUCUUAGACUUACUGGAUCUCCUAAUUCGACAUUUUCCGCCUCAUAUUUAUCUCCAAUUUUAUUCAUUUUUUCAUGUUAUUUUCGCUGGAUCGGUAGUCCUUCAUCCAUCGAUUUCAUGUGGCGCUAAUGCUUCUUAAUUUCGCAAUUAAGUCGCCUUCUGACUUGCAUUCAAGUGUCCGAGCGCCGUGCAUUUUACGGUUUAACUUUUUUGAUGUAAAAAUUACUGUUUGUUGACUUUUGUGAAGUGUUGACAGGCUAUACUAGUGGAAAUGCAGGCUUCCGCUUUCUCAAUCAGAGCAAAAUCGUUUCCCCCCCUACAGGAUCCUAGUUUUUUGUUCAAGAGAAACAGGUUCACGCUAGUGAGUGCCGCCGCCGCUGAUCCCAGAAUUAGUGCCGGUUCCAGUUCCAAUGGGAGGAAGAGAGAGUGUUCAGAGUUUGAACGGAUCUUCAGCCAAGAACAGAUCAGUCAGAGCUCAAGCUUCUGAAGAUGAUCCAGAGGAUCUUGCAACUGCCAAAAUCCAAGCGAAAUCAUCUGGAAAUGUUUAUCCAUAUGUUGGUGUUGCUUGUUUAGGGGCCAUUCUGUUUGGAUAUCAUCUCGGGGUCGUAAAUGGAGCUUUAGAGUACCUAGCCAAGGAUCUUGGGAUUGCGGAGAACACAGUGUUACAAGGCUGGGUCGUUAGCGCACUUCUUGCUGGUGCUACUGUUGGAUCUUUUACUGGAGGUUCAUUAGCUGAUAAAUUUGGGCGAACGAAGACUUUUGUGCUGGAUGUAAUUCCACUUGCAGUUGGUGCAUUUCUUUGUGCCAUAGCAGAAAGUGUAGAGACAAUGAUAAUUGGUCGUGUGGUUGCUGGAGUUGGAAUAGGCAUAUCAUCAGCUAUUGUGCCUCUUUACAUAUCCGAGAUCUCACCUACUGAAAUUCGUGGUACUCUUGGAUCUGUCAAUCAAUUAUUUAUAUGCAUUGGAAUUCUAGCAGCAUUGGUAGUUGGGCUGCCUUUGGCGGGGAAUCCAUUGUGGUGGAGGACAAUGUUUUCUAUUGCAAUUGUUCCAUCUGUAUUGUUGGCGGUAGGAAUGGUCUGUUCUCCUGAAAGUCCUCGAUGGCUUUAUCAGCAAGGGAAAAUUGCUGAAGCCGAAGUGUCCAUAAGGAGGCUAUUUGGGAAAGAAAGAGUUGCUGAGGUUAUGGGUGAUCUGGAUGCAGCAGGUCGAUGUUCCUCUGAACCAGAAGCUGGAUGGCUUGAUCUUUUUAGCAGCCGCUACCGGAAAGUUGUGAGUGUUGGUGCAGCUCUCUUCUUGUUUCAGCAGCUUGCUGGGAUCAAUGCAGUUGUUUACUACUCUACUUCAGUAUUCCGCACUGCUGGUAUUACAUCUGAUGUUGCUGCCAGUGCUCUGGUUGGGGCUGCAAAUGUUAUUGGCACAACUAUUGCAUCCUCAUUGAUGGAUAAACAAGGAAGGAAGAGUCUUUUGAUUACAAGUUUUGCAGGAAUGGGUUCUUCCAUGUUGCUGCUUUCCCUGACCUUCAGCUGGAGGGCUCUGACACCUUACUCAGGCACACUUGCUGUACUUGGCACUGUCCUUUAUGUGUUGUCGUUCUCUCUUGGUGCUGGUCCAGUACCUGCUCUGCUACUUCCUGAGAUUUUUGCAUCAAGAAUCCGAGCAAAAGCAGUGGCUUUAUCUCUGGGAACGCAUUGGAUAGCCAAUUUUGUGAUCGGGUUGUACUUCUUGAGCGUUGUGAAUAGAUUCGGGCUGAGUACAGUAUACCUGGGAUUCGGUACCGUUUGUAUUCUAGCAGUGAUGUACGUAACUGGUAACGUGGUGGAAACGAAGGGGCGAUCUUUGGAGGAAAUAGAAAUUGCUCUCACUUCACCAACUUCUUGACCAUGCACAUAUCUCAUUCACUCAUUUACAUCACUAUCAGAUCUAGCUACAAGUUUUCAUUGGAAUGUAAUGAGUGGUGUGCUGUGUAGACAAUUUUCUUUCACAAUAAUUUGAUAUAAUACGAGAUCGCCUACCUACUUUAUUA